AUGCUUAUGUGUUCACCGUUGCCCACAAACACUACCGGAGAAGAAAUUUUUACUAAAAUAAAUAUAUUUUUUGAAGAAAAUAAUCUCAGUUGGAACGAUUGCAUUGACAUUUGUACAGAUGGGGCCAAGGCGAUGACGGGUAAAACAGCAGGAGUCGUGUCACGAAUACAAAAAAAAGCACCUAAUUGUGAUUCCAGUCAUUGUCUCCUGCAUAGACAAACACUAGCAAUGAAGCAAAUGCCGUCAAACCUAAACUUAGUAAUGGAUGAAGCGGUAAAAAUUAUUAAUUUUAUCAAAUCACGACCACUACAAUCCCGAUUGUUCUCAUUAUUGUGUGAAGAUUAUGGUAGCAAACAUAAAACACUGCUGUCCCAUACAGAAGUGCGAUGGCUGUCUCGGGGUAAAACUCUAACAAGGCUAUUUGAACUUAAAGCCGAGUUACAAAUGUUUCUUUCAGAUACUUCUUUUAAUUUGAAAGACCGUUUGUAUGAUAAAACUUGGUUGUUCCGACUGUCUUUCAUGGCGGAUAUCUUUCAAAAACUGAACGAAUUAAAUUUAUCAUUGCAAGGUAAACAGACAACAGUGUUCCAGGCCUGUAACAAAAUAACUGCUUUUAAAAGAAAAUUAGAUUUUUGGAUUAUUUGCGUUAGUAAGAGAGAAAUAGAAAGCUUUACGUUACUCAGUGAGUUUGUUAGCGACAACGACUCAGAAAUGUUUCAAGAUGAUGUAUUUGAACAAUUGGUCCAAUAUCUCACUUCGAUGCGCGCAUCUUUUGAGAAGUAUUUUCCCGAAGAACAGAAUACAAAAUUGAAACUGAAUUCAUGGAUUCAUAAUCCUUUUUUACCCACCUUGCAAAAGCCCAAAAGUAUGUCAAAUGAGAUAUAUGAAUCUCUUUUAGAAAUGUCAUCAGACACAAGUAUGGAGUCAUUGUUCAAAACGACAUCUCUCAACGAUUAUUGGUGCAGAAUCCGUGAUGAAUACCCAAUGCUUGCCAAAAUGGCUCUGAAUAUUCUUCCAUUUCCAACAACAUAUUUGUGCGAAACAGAAUUCUCAACCUAUGCAGCCACGAAAACAAAAUACCGGAAUAGACUGGACGCCGAACCUGAUAUGAAACUUCAACUGUUUCCGUCAAGUAUUUCGCUUUCCAAAAGGGUUCCGUCACUAAAAAGUUUGAGAGCCGCUGCCUUACAACUUUGA